CGGCAUUUGAAAUUUUAACCAUAUAACCGCACCGUCAAGACGCAUGCAGUCCUGACCUGCUCUGGAAGCAACCUUGAUGACUUUCGCCUCUAGUCUCCCAUUUUCCAUGAUCAUACGGUUAUUUCCUGCCGUCAAGCAGAGCUUUCUGCAUUCCAUGAGGGGGAUAUUUUCAUCUUGUUCUUGCAAAGCACACCACGAUCCUCUUCAAUUUUCUUCUGACGAAGAACGGCUCGUAACGCAUCAUAACAUUCUCGGGUUCUCGGGGGUUCCCUAAGAGAUUCGAACUUUUCUCCACGCCAUUUAAUUCAGCUACCACCGUGACCACGUUUCUGGACAUCGAAAUUUCACGAAGACAUGCGGAUUGAGCACACUCUCACUUGUAUCUACCUUCCCUACCAAUGUAUCGAAGGAGUCGCGAGACUAGCUCUAACUGAAUCUCAUGAAAAAACGGAGAAAAUUCCACGAAGAUGUUCCGCGAAAUCUUAGCUUGGCGUCAGGACUAUAAAAGGUCUUGCUGUCGUGCUUCUAUUUUUUCCGUUACUCGAGCAUGUUACACUACACCCGGAUCGCAGCCUACCUAUCACUGGUGGGCCCUUCUGUCAUCCUUGCGGCCACUAUCUCUUCAACACCUGCCCAAACCAUCCUUGGUAUAGGUGGAUCUGGUGCAUGGUGGCCACACGAUCUUUUCAGAUUUCCUGAAGCUACUCGCCAGAACCUCUCAAACCUUCUCUUUUCUCAAGAUGGUAUGGGCCUUUCGAGCUACCGAUGGAACGUUGGCGCUGGUGGUGUAGGCGUAUCGAAUCCCGUCCGUGCACCCGAAACCUUCUAUUUAGGCCCAGGAAACUACAACUGGUCUGCGGAUCCUCAAGGAGUGUAUUUCUUGACAGAGGCCUCCAAGCGCGGCGUCACAGACUUGACCAUGUUCGCCAACAGUGCCCCAGCUCCUCUGACAUCCGGAAAGACGAGCUGCGGUUCUAAUUUUGUGACCGGGUCUGGUGACGCCUAUGGGACGUUCCUCGCAGAUGUUGUGGAGCAUUUCCGGAACGCAGGACCCAAUAUUAGAUUUAUUUCUCCCAUAAACGAACCAGACAGUGAUUUUGGCCCUGUACCUUGUGGUCAGGAAGGCAUGAAGGUCGUUUCGACGCAACGGGCUGAGGUGGUUAAUGGUUUGUGGAACGCUCUUAAUAGGAAAGGGUUGGCAACUACCGUUGGUAUCCUGGCGGAUGAAUCCAACAAUCUCGGCUCGGCGUCGAGUGAGUACAAGAAUUGGUUGCCGCAGGUGAUCGAUAAGGUGGCAGCCCUUGUACACCAUACCUACGAUUUUCCUUCAGAUGCUAGCUAUACUUCCUAUAUCAGCUCGACCAAAGCUACUUUCCCGAACAAGCAGACGUGGAUGUCGGAGAUAUGUUGUUCUUUAGGAAAUGCGGAUGGUUCUGGACGAGGAUGGUCACAAGGAUACGACCCAACUAUCAAGAACGCUCUCAUGUUCUCUGGGCUGAUUUUCCAAAGCUUUAUUGUCGCUGGAGAGCCUCAUUAUGACUUCUGGACGCUCGUCUCUAAUGGUAAAUGUAUUUCUUUCGGCCGUACGCACUCGUAAAGGCUGAAUAACUCGGACAGGACUCGGUUGUUCGCCUCUGAAUAAUGCUGCCUGCGUGAACAACCCGAACUCGAACGGCUGGAAUGAUGGACUGAUCUAUUAUGACGGUGCUUACGCGACGAAUAGGAACUUCCAGCUUUGUAUGUUCCGAGCUGUUUUCCACUGUCUCCAUCAACUCCUUUCUGUUCAGACCUUACAAAACGUUUCUGGACUUAUAAGCACUUUGGUAACUUCAUCAAACCCGGAAGCCAACGACAUGCUAUCACCGGAACUGGCGCGACCAAUAACAUGAUUGCCGUGUCUACCUCAUCCAAGUAUUUCGUCGUCGCAAUGAACCCCACCAAUAGCGCAACUUCUCUUACAUUAACCUUCCCGGAGAACGUUUGUGGUGUGGCGUCGUACAGGACUUCGGCUUCGGAAGACUUUGCACAUCUCGGAGCGGCUACGAAGAGUGGUAGUAAUUGGGUGCUGCCUUUGAAUGCCAUGAGUCUAACGACUUACGAAUUCAAUCGUGCCGCGUGCUAGUUCGUAGACUUGAUAUCCAUCUCAGGUAGCCAUCAAAUAUUUUUUUCAUUUU